AUGUUUGAGCAAGCCAGAAUCAGUGAAAAUGAAACGGACUUCAUGAUGAAGUUUCAUACGUCAAAAAUAACGUACGAACAUUUAAAACACGUGAAUUUUUCACGAAAGCGCAUCAUGAUUUCCCCAAAAAAAGAUCCUAUUUUGACGGAAAUCGUGGAUAUGACAGCUCUUUCUGACGUUCACCAUACUGAAUCCUCUCGUCAACUUUAUUUUGAUGUUCGAACUGUAGAAAUGUCUUUGAUAAAGGAAUUUAGCAUUGAUGGGGAUGUCGUGUGCGAUGGUAUAUUUCUGUCUAAUGGCACUUUUGUGAUAGCGGAUUACAGAGAUGAUGGGAAAUGCAUGUUUUUUGACAAACAUUGGGUCCCCAGUAUAUUUGGUGAAAGUCUUAAGAAACCAUUUGGUUUGAUAGAAAACGAUGAAGAAGUUCUUGUGACUUGUAGCGGCUCAAAAAGUAUUGAAGUAUUUUCUUCAUCAGAUUUACAGAAACUUCGAAGUAUUCCCAUGACUGAAUCAGUUUCUGGAAUAACACACCGGAGGGGUGACAUAUAUGUUGCGUGUGGAAAGAAAAUCAUUAAAAUCGAUAGCGUGGGUAGGAUAUUGAAAAUAUACGAUGUAGAAGGGGCAAAUAAUGUAAAUAUACUUGCAACAAACACUGGACUUAUUGUGUACAGUGAUUGGAAAAUAGAAAAAGUGACAGCGAUAACCGAUCAGGGAGACAUUGUCUGGAAGUAUAAAAAUCGUAACCUGAAAUGUCCAUCUGGAAUCGAUCAAGACUCUGUCGGUAACAUAUACGUUACAGGAAGAGAUAGCAACAACGUCCACGUGUUGUCUGGAACCGGGGAACUUAUUAGGGUGUUCGAAGACAUCCCGAGCCCGACCUUCUUUAAAUUAAUUGAAGAGAGGGGCAUUAUAUGUGCUUUUGAUAUAUCAAAACGCAUAAGAGUGUUUGAAGUUUAA